GUCAGAUUUCGCAGAAGCAGAUGGAGUACAACUAGAAGUAUACGAGGGUGCUGAUGUGGGGCUAGAUAGGAAGGUGGCUGAUGUCCUUGCAGAUAACUCUUCAACCCUUCCGGAAUCGGAAAUCGCAGUCCGCUUAGUCCGAGCACAAGAAGACGAGACAGCGAUCUGGCGUCGGAUCCUAGCUCUUGCCCCUUGGAGUACACAGUCGCCAAAGUGGCCCAUACCCGCAGUGAAUAAUGGAAAGCUUCACCAGACAGGAGAAGGACAUGAGGACUUCGAAGCUGCUUUUGAUGACCUUGCAGCUCUUAUCCUGAAACGCAUUACGAGGUACUGCAAACAACAAGAAAAGACGAGGUGGAACAGAAGUCUUCAGCUUGGGACCACAGUACAACCAGGUCAACUUCUACACCUUGAUGUCGAAGGAGGUGGUGCGAAUUCUAGUAGAAGUAGUAACAAGUACCCAUCAAGAACAAGAACAUCAGGUACAGACAGAGCCACAACACAUACUAGACUUCCCUUUCCGCGAUCCACUGACCUUCCAGAGAACGAUCGUGGCGUAUAUCUGUUCGCUCAACGCCUUCGCGCCGCUGCUUGUCAAGGUAUUCCAUUGGACAUUGCCGGUCACAAUUUUGAUGAGGAAGACAAGAGGACGCCAGGAGGAUCUGCCAGUGAGUCCACGAUCUCUAGUACAUGUACAACUGGGAC